AUGAGAGACGACGUAGUGCCGGUCCACGACGCCGCCCUCGGCUUGCUCCACCCUGGCGAUAACUGGUUCGCCUACCCCAUUGCAUUCCCCGCGCCGCCCGUCGUACCCUUCGCCCACCACCUGCUCGACGGCUGCUACGCGACCGUCUCAGACACUCCAGAGUUCAUCGACCUCGAAAGCGACGUCGGCUCCUUCGACAGCGCCAGGGAAGAGCGCGGGCUGAGCAUGAUCGCGCUUCUCUUGGACUGCGCGGUAGCGAUCUCUGCCGACAACUUGGUCGAGGCUAAUAGGAUUCUGCACGAGCUGAACCAGCUCGCGUCUCCUUACUCUGCUUCCUGCGCCGAGCGCGUGGUGGCUUAUUUCGCCAAGGCCUUGGCGUCCAGGGUGAUGAACUCGUGGACGGGCAUCUGCUCCCCGCUGAUGGUCCCCCACAAGGCCAUUCUUUCUUGCUUCGAGACCUUCGGCAACGCGUCGCCUUUCGUCAAGUUCGCGCACUUCACGGCCAACCAGGCCAUCUUGGAGGCGAUUCAGCGAACAGAUAGAGUGCACAUCGUAGACCUGGACAUCAUGCACGGCCUCCAGUGGCCGGCGCUUUUCCACAUCCUGGCAACGAGACCCGACGGCCCGCCGCACGUGCGGAUGACUGCGUUCGGCCCGUCGGCGGAGGGGAUCGGCAAGCGGCUCGCCAGCUUCGCUAGGAGGCUCGGGGUGCCGUUCGAGUUCGAGCCUGUGGCGAAGCGGCCGGGCGACGUGCACCCGUCGGAGAUCGUCGCCCGGCGGGGGCAGGGGGAGGAGCAAGCUGUGGCGGUGCACUGGCUGCAGCACGCGCUGUACGACGCCGCGGGGUCCGACCACAACACGAUGCGGCUGGUGGAGAUGCUGCGGCCUCGGGUGGUAACCCUGGUGGAGCAGGAGGCGUCUUCGGCGCGUGGGGGACCCUUCCUCGACCGCUUCAUGGGGGCGCUCCACUACUACUCGGUGAUGUUCGACGCGCUGGGGGAGUCACUGCCAACGGUGGACGACCUGGAGAGGCACAGAGUGGAGCAGGGGAUCCUGGGGCGGGAGAUCGACAACGUGGUGGCGGUGGGAGGGCCGGCGCGGAGCGGGGAGCAGAAGUUCGGAAGCUGGAGGGGGGAAUUGGCGCGGCGGGGGUUUGCGCAGCUGGCGAUGAGCAGGAACGCACUGGAGCAGGCGCAGAUGACACUUAACUUGUUCCCUUCUCCGUCUCCGCCGGGAUACACCAUCCUCCACGGCGAUGGGACGGCGAAGCUCGGGUGGAAGGGGACGGCGCUGUACACGGCGUCAGCGUGGACGGCCGAGACAGUGUAUUGUAAUGGAUAAUCUUGAAACUGCGCCACGCAAAUAGGUAAAAAAACACUGUAAAACACUUUGCUUUCUUCUUCCUGGCCAUGUGCAAUUGGUUCCUGGACUUUCUCCUACCUUGUCGGCAGCUUGUCAAUGGCCAGAGAAAUUGCUAACUGUUCUGGAAAUAUAAUCACACGUAAAGAAUGGAAGUAAGUAAAACUUUGAAGAAUCAAAACAAAAUUUCAUUUUGAUCCCGUUCAGAAACUUGAGAAAGUGGAAUCGUUGGUGAGGCGGUUGAAAUAUUGACUGGAUUGUCAUGAUCCAAAUGGAGAAAGGGGAAUCGUCAGAAGGUCUCCGAUCAAUGUUAUCUACAAACAACCAUGGGGGUAUCCCGGCCUAGCACUUCGAUCCUCCCAAAAAUAUAUAAGGA